CGGGUUCGUAUGAAAACAGCCAGCAGUGGGCUGCGAGGGAUCUGCCGUGCGCCCAGAGAGCAGCCGCCGGUGUUGCCGGCGCCGAGACUUGUGCUGCGGUUGUGCUUAGUCCUGCCAGCGCCCCACCUGAGCCGAUUAUUUGCGAUGGUGAAAUGAAGUAACUCAAGAUGAGCAAGUUAAAAGUGAUAUCAGAGAAAAGAAAAAACAAGGAGAGAAAUGACAGCUAAAGGUUCUACAGGAAUGGAAGUUCUGCUGUCAACAUUAGAGAACACAAAAGAUCUUCAGACUACACUUAAUAUCUUAAGCAUUCUUGUUGAGCUGGUGUCAGCCGGUGGAGGUAGAAGAGCAAGUUUCUUAGUCGCCAAGGGUGGUUCACAAAUACUAUUACAGUUACUUAUGAAUGCUAGCAAAGAAUCUCCCCCAAAUGAGGAAUUAAUGGUGCAGAUUCAUUCUAUUCUUGCAAAGAUUGGACCUAAAGACAAAAAAUUUGGAGUGAAAGCUAGAAUUAAUGGAGCCUUGACUAUAACCUUGAAUUUGGUCAAACAGAAUUUGCAGAAUCAUCACUUGGUUUUGCCUUGUCUUCAGCUUUUACGAGUGUGUUCUGCCAACUCUGUGAAUUCAGUAUCCUUAGGGAAAAAUGGAGUUGUGGAACUGAUGUUUAAAAUCAUUGGACCAUUUAGUAAGAAGAAUUCGGGUCUUAUGAAGGUUGCUUUAGACACUCUUGCUGCAUUGCUAAAAUCAAAAACAAAUGCCAGGAGAGCUGUAGACAGAGGAUAUGUCCAAGUCCUUUUAUCAAUUUAUGUAGAUUGGCAUCGCCAUGAUAAUCGACAUAGAAACAUGCUCAUUCGGAAAGGAAUUUUACAGAGUUUAAAAAGUGUUACCAACAUCAAGUUGGGAAGAAAAGCAUUUAUUGAUGCCAAUGGUAUGAAAAUUCUCUAUAAUACUUCACAAGAAUGUUUGGCAGUCAGGACCCUUGAUCCUCUUGUCAACACGUCCAGUCUGAUAAUGAGGAAGUGUUUUCCUAAAAAUCGCCUGCCACUCCCAACGAUUAAAAGCUCUUUUCAUUUCCAGUUACCAGUUAUUCCUGUGACUGGACCUGUGGCCCAGCUCUACAGUUUACCCCCUGAAGUGGAUGACGUAGUAGAUGAAAGUGAUGAUAAUGAAGACAUUGAUUUAGAAGUUGAAAAUGAAACCGAAAAUGAAGAUGAUCUAGGUCAGAAUUUUAAGAAUGAUGAUAUUGAAACGGAUAUUAACAAACUAAAACCCCAGCAAGAACCAGGACGAAUGAUAGAAGAACUUAAAAUGUAUGAACACCUUUUCCCUGAGCUUGUUGAUGAUUUUCAGGACUGUGAUUUAAUCUCCAAAGAACCAAAGCCUUUUGUAUUUGAAGGGAAAGUACGAAGUCCUAUUGUUGUUCCUACAGCAGGAGACGAAGCAUCUGGGAAUUCAGGCAAUUUAAGAAAAGGAGUUGUAAUGAAGACGAGUAUGUCUCCUGAAGGAGAUGAAGGUGAUAAGAUACCUACCUUUAUGGAUCUGGCAAAAGAAGAUAUUAAAGAUAAUGACAGAACAUUACAACAGCAGCUGGGUGAUCCAAACAGAACUAUUUCAUCAGUCCACGGUUUUAACAAUGAUAUUGUGAAGGCCUUGGACCGAAUUACACUGCAGAAUGUUCCUUCACAUUCAGCCCCAGGUUUUACUGCAGGAAUGAAGAAGGACUACAGUCUCCCUCUUACUGUCCUUACAUGCACAAAAGCAUGUCCACACAUGGCUACUUGUGGAAAUGUUCUGUUUGAGGGAAGAACAGUUCAGCUCGGGAAGCUUUGUUGUACUGGAGUCGAAAUGGAAGAUGAUGAAGAUACAGAGUCUACAUCAUCAGUGGAACAAGCAUCAGUGGAAGUCUCUGAUGGGCCAACACUCCAUGACGCAGAUCUCUAUAUUGAGAUUGUGAAAAAUACAAAGUCUGUCCCAGAAUAUUCAGAGGUGGCUUACCCUGAUUAUUUUGGUCACAUUCCACCUCCAUUCAAAGAGCCUAUUUUAGAAAGGCCUUAUGGUGUACAAAGGACAAAAAUUGCCCAAGAUAUUGAGAGGCUUAUACAUCAGAAUGAUAUCAUAGAUCGAGUGGUAUAUGACUUAGAUAACCCAAAUUACACCAUUCCAGAAGAAGGAGAUAUUUUGAAGUUUAACUCCAAAUUUGAAUCUGGGAAUUUGCGCAAAGUAAUUCAAAUUAGAAAAAAUGAAUAUGAUCUUAUUCUGAACUCAGAUAUAAAUAGCAAUCAUUAUCAUCAGUGGUUUUACUUUGAGGUCAGUGGAAUGCGACCAGGAGUUGCUUACAGGUUUAACAUCAUUAACUGUGAAAAGUCCAACAGUCAGUUUAAUUAUGGUAUGCAGCCACUCAUGUAUUCAGUUCAGGAAGCAUUAAAUGCCAGACCAUGGUGGGUUCGUGUGGGGACUGACAUUUGUUACUAUAAAAAUCACUUCUCAAGAAGUUCAGUUGCUGCAGGUGGGCAAAAGGGAAAAUCCUACUAUACCAUUACAUUUACUGUCAAUUUUCCACAUAAGGAUGAUGUUUGCUACUUUGCUUAUCACUAUCCAUAUACGUAUUCAACUUUACAGAUGCAUCUUCAAAAAUUGGAAUCAGCACACAAUCCUCAGCAAAUCUAUUUUCGAAAGGAUGUGUUGUGUGAAACCCUGUCUGGAAACACCUGUCCCUUGGUGACUAUAACAGCAAUGCCAGAGUCUAAUUAUUAUGAACAUAUCUGUCAAUUCAGAAAUCGCCCUUACAUUUUCUUGUCUGCUCGGGUACAUCCUGGAGAAACUAAUGCAAGUUGGGUAAUGAAAGGAACAUUGGAGUAUCUCAUGAGUAAUAACCCUACUGCUCAGAGCUUACGAGAAUCUUUUAUUUUUAAAAUUGUCCCUAUGCUAAAUCCAGAUGGUGUCAUCAAUGGAAAUCACCGCUGUUCUUUAAGUGGAGAAGAUUUGAAUAGACAGUGGCAAAGUCCAAAUCCAGAUUUACAUCCCACAAUUUACCAUGCUAAGGGGCUGCUACAAUACCUGGCUGCAGUGAAACGUUUACCCCUGGUUUACUGUGAUUAUCAUGGCCAUUCCCGAAAGAAGAAUGUGUUUAUGUAUGGCUGUAGCAUCAAAGAGACUGUAUGGCAUACCAAUGAUAAUGCAACUUCAUGUGAUGUUGUGGAAGAUGCGGGAUACAGGACUUUGCCUAAGAUACUGAGCCAUAUUGCCCCAGCAUUUUGUAUGAGCAGCUGUAGCUUUGUAGUGGAGAAAUCUAAAGAAUCCACUGCUCGUGUUGUAGUUUGGAGGGAGAUAGGAGUCCAAAGAAGCUACACCAUGGAGAGUACUUUGUGUGGCUGUGAUCAGGGAAAAUACAAGGGUUUACAGAUUGGUACUCGAGAAUUAGAAGAGAUGGGAGCAAAAUUUUGUGUUGGUCUGUUGCGUUUGAAAAGACUGACAUCUCCGUUGGAAUAUAAUCUGCCUUCCAGCCUGCUUGACUUUGAAAAUGACUUGAUUGAAUCAAGCUGCAAAGUAACUAGCCUCUUGGAAGAAUGAAGUUACUCCUCUCACAUAAAUGUCUAUUUGAGACUUCAAAAUAAUAGUAUAGUAUAUGCCAGAAUAAGGAAGAAUACAUAUCCCUUCAAAGAGGAUUCAUUCUAUCUUCUUGGCAGCCCAUAGAGUAGGACAGGCAGGUGGCUGCUUCCCAGUGAGGGACAAGCUGACCUGAGGUAGGUUUGUGAAGUUUGUGAAACUUGUUGAACCCUUGGUUCACUCCCCACUCCUACCCCUUCCUAAGUGCUACCCACCAGAGGUCAGCAUUGUAGGCUUACAGCUUCUUGCCUCAGCGUCACUAGACUGCCAAGAAUCCUCUUUUUAUUUGUUUUGUUUUGUUUUGCUGCUUUCUGCUUUGCUUUUCAGUCUUUCACACUGUGUAUUUUAAGAAUUUGUCAAACACCUCCAGGGUAAGACUCUUGGGGUCACACCUCUGCAACUCCCUUCUUUUAGGAAACUGGGCAGCUCAGAACUCUAGUUUUUGCCUCCAAUCCUUUGAAAUUGCUGACAGCUCUGAUGACUUGUCUGCUCUUAGUGGCUGCCUUUGCCUGGCCUUGGCUUCCUCUGGUCUAAGCCCCAUAUAUCUGUUCUCUUGGUUGACUUUGCUUUCUAUCCUUUCACUGUAAUAAGUCAUAGCUGUGAAUACAGCUGUAUGCUAAAUCCUGUAAGUCUUCCUGCAAAUCAUUAAACCUGGGGUUGUCUUGGGACCCUUGACAGGAAUACCCAAUUUGGAUUUCUAAGUUUGAUUGUUACCUCAGAGAUUCUAGUGUUCUACUGAGAAUGAUUGGAAACAGAUGGUAUUGUAAUUCUUUUAUACAUGUGCAAGGUUCAGACAUGAUGACCGAGGUCAUUAUCUGUUCCAUCUAGUAAGUCCUGACAGAACCAGGAAUUGUGUCCAGGUCUAAUUCUAAAAUUCCCCUGUACUUUCAUUAUCUGUUGUAUCUUCGAAGUGACUAAGAAAAAUUACUUAAAGAGGAAUGGUUUCAGUUUUUGAUGCUAUUCUGCAUUUUUGGGGAGUUUAACUGUUUAACAUUCUUAUUAUGUAUAAGGAAUGUUUUUAGAUUAAUAGCAAAGUAAGUUGGAGUUUAGUGACUCAGUUAAUUAUUUCAAAGGCAGCUGAGUUACACAUUUUUUCAGCAAAUUAUCAAUAAAUCAGCACUUUACUUUCCUUUUUUUCCAAAUAACUAAAAUAUUCUGGUUAGAAAUUCUAUACAUUAACUAUGUGUCCAUGUAUAUGCAUGUGCAAGUGUCUAUAAGUACUUGUGUGUGUGUGAAAAAUGCCAUAGGUAGAGCCAUUUUAAAAUAGAGCUGGAUCAGCCACUUCAGAGGAACUGCCUUGCAACUCUUGGUUUCCAAACCUUUGAAGUCGGCCAAACUGCCAACAUUCCAAGAAGUUGGCAAGAAUGAGAAAAUCCUGUUUGAAAACAUUGAUGAAAGUGAACUUCUGUUUAGUGACCAUUUAGCUUGACUGAUCAUUGAAGUAGAAAUCUAGCCCUGCUUUUCAGCACCAGUGAACUUUUCUCAAAAACAACUUACCUGAUCUUUCAUUUUUUCUGUAAGAACCCUGAGUCCACCUCCUAUAAUUGGGAUACUCUUUGGAUUUCUCCCUAAUUCUGUGUACCCCAAAUUGCAGUUCUUUGAUCCCAAAUAAAUGCACUGCCUCUUGACCUGGUUCCUUGUUUUAGGUUGACAUGUAUAUGCUGUGUGAUCACUUAAGCCUGACAGAAACUGUUACCUGUAUUUCCUAUGGAUAAUUUUGUUUACUCUGUGGUAUUUAGUAGAUGCUAUAUCUCUUAUUAAUUAGAUGGGAAUCAAGUUGUAUAAGUAAAAUAUUCUCUAAUAUGUGUGCAGAUAGGAUUUUAUUUUACCUUAGACUGACAUUUCAAUACAGGAAAGACACAAUUAGCAAGUCACAAAUUGCUGAUAAGUUAGGCAAUGGAAUGUUUUUCUGUUUGUGCAUUAGUUUCAGAAAUUCUGCCUUAGGAUACCUUUAUUGUGCUGUCUUCAAACAGGUAGGUCAGUCCCAAAAUCAUAGAAGAGUGCAUGGUUGAGGGAGGCUUCUGAGGUUCUAAGGCAAGGCAGUAUUUUUAGUUCUGUUGGCUUGGGGCAGCCCAUUGCCUGGGCUCUUUAAGAAUUGAGAAAGAUUGAGGAACUUUUUCUUUAACAAGGUAGGUUUUAUUAGUAUCAUAAUAACAUUUUAUAUGUGUAUAGCGUAAGAGUUUCCAGAUGCUUUCACAUUUACUACCUAAUUUGAGCCAAACAACUUUGUGAGGCAGUUGGACUGAUACUAUUUUUAUACUUGGGAUAAGCUGGUGUUUGGAGAGAGUGAGCGAGUUGCUAAAGGUCACGCAUUUCGGUUAGUUGAAGAGUAAGGGCACAAACCCAGAACUGGCAGCUCCACACGUGGUGUUUUCUGUCUUUCAUCCUCGCCUAGGUAAUAGAGCUAAAGGUCUGUAUUCUGGUAUCUCAGUGUCAAAUUGGCUGUAGAAGAAGUAGAUGGAUAUAUGUUUGAGGGAGAUAGUGUAUUUUUUAGGUUUAACUUUGUGUGGUGCUUAAUAGUUUAACAUAAGGAUAGCCAGAAAACUUUCUGAAUCUGGGUGAAGUAGAAUUUCUUAUUAUCUUUAGAAAUCAGUUGGAAUUAUACACCUUUUCUGGAUCAUAAUGAUCCCAUGCAAUGGAGAAGUUCAGCGCAUUCGUCCUGUAAGAAGGCCCUUUGGGUGAAGGUUUUGGUAUUGUUCUUGAAGCACAUGAGGAGGACUUGUUUUUG